AAUCAGCUCCCAUUUCCUGCUCCUGCGCUGACUCAGAUGAGAUUACUCUGUCACUGUCAGACUUGGCAUCUCCUGUCAGACGGUGCUCGAACCUCUGGGCACCUGCAUCACUUCUCAAAGCCCCCACCUCUCCGCACGCGCAUCUGUUCAAGAGGAGAGGAGGGUGAAUGAUCCCCCCCCCCCAUACACACACCCACAUGCCCACGCACCCCUAGACGUCCACUCCGUGUCCAUGUGGGCUCUGAUCGCUGUGUCACCCGCCUGAAGGUUCGGGGCUUCACCCCCUACACCCUCUCCUCCUCCUGUCCAGCACCAAUCUGAGCUGGGCGCAAAGAGGGGGCGAGAAGGUUAGUUUGUAGAGRGAGAAGAGGGGGGGCUUCUUCUCGAAAGCUCACCAAAUUAUCUAAUAUUUCAGCGCUGGAGRGGAGGAAAAAGAAGAAACAACAGUUCUACAGCUAGUGGAUGAUAAGUGUUGAGGCAGGAAUCAGACGGACUAAACGUCAGAACCUCAUUAACUCCAAGGAGGACGCGAGGAGGAACAGCAGGAAGGCUCGACCCUGACGGACUGCUGCYGGAGCUCUUCUUCGCCGAACCAACAUGGCCGCUCGAUUGUGGAAAACAAAAUCCCAGGACCUGAUCUUGUGGGUGUUUCUCCUUCUUCUGAGCCUCCUUCCUGAAGUCAGCAGGGCCGUGGUGGGACACAAAGAGCCGCUGCCAGAUGACAGUAAAGACAAUAUCACCAUUUUCACCCGAAUCCUCGACCGGCUGCUGGAUGGAUAUGACAACAGGCUACGUCCUGGGCUGGGAGAGAGUGUGACAGAAGUCAGGACAAACAUUUAUGUGACAAGUUUUGGACCUGUGUCUGACACAGACAUGGAAUACACCAUUGAUGUCUUCUUCCGCCAAAGUUGGAGGGACGAGAGGCUUAAGUUUGACGGGCCCAUGCAGGUCCUACCACUCAACAACCUCCUGGCCAGUAAGAUCUGGACUCCUGAUACCUUCUUCCACAACGGAAAGAAAUCUGUGGCCCACAACAUGACGACCCCGAACAAACUGCUACGACUAGUGGACAACGGCACGCUUCUCUACACAAUGAGGUUGACCAUUCAUGCAGAGUGCCCCAUGCACCUGGAGGAUUUCCCAAUGGAUGCACACGCCUGUCCUCUGAAGUUUGGAAGCUAUGCUUACACCAAUAAUGAGGUGAUCUACCUGUGGACUCAAGGGGAUGAGAGGUCUGUGGCUGUGGCAGAGGACGGCUCCAGGCUUAACCAGUAUGACUUACUGGGUCAUGUUAUUGGCAAAGAAACCAUCAGCUCCAGCACAGGAGAAUAUGUAGUGAUGACAACGUAUUUCCAUUUGAAACGGAAAAUUGGCUAUUUUGUGAUUCAAACCUACCUCCCGUGCAUCAUGACAGUCAUACUGUCUCAGGUCUCCUUCUGGCUUAACAGAGAAUCCGUUCCUGCGCGCACUGUAUUCGGGGUCACCACAGUCCUAACCAUGACCACCCUGAGCAUCAGUGCGAGGAACUCCUUGCCUAAGGUGGCCUAUGCCACUGCUAUGGACUGGUUCAUGGCCGUGUGCUAUGCCUUUGUCUUCUCUGCCCUGAUUGAGUUUGCUACAGUCAACUACUUCACCAAACGCAGCUGGGCAUGGGACGGGAAAAGAGAGGGCAUGGAAAUAAGGGAACCGUUUCAGGCUAACAUGGCCAGGAUUAAAGAUAUGAGGAGAGAAUCCRCCACUCUGACCAAGAAGGCCAACAACACCUUCAACAUUGUCGGCACCACCUACGGCAUCAACGCCGCUAAAGACCAGGGCCUGACGACCAUCUCAAAGAGCGCCCCCGCCCCGCCGGUGAAACACUCCUUCCUGCAUAGAUUCGACGACCCCUACACAGAGGCCAAGAAGUCCUACAACCGCGUUAGCAAAGUGGACAAGAUAUCGCGCAUCAUUUUCCCAAUUCUGUUYUUCAUUUUCAACUUGGGCUACUGGGCCACGUAUGUCAACAGAAAGCCCGCCAUCAUGAAGGCGAACAACCUAAACUGAGAUUCACGCGAUGCUAGGCUUGAUUUGUGGGGGGGGUAGACCGGUUCGCAGGAGGCCAAGUCCAUCACAUCUUAAAGUGUGUAUGUGUGUGCGCAUGUUUGGUGUGGUUCAUUUUUUUAUUCUUCGAAUUCCUUAAAAGUUUGAUAGUUUGCACGGCUGUAUAGAUGAAAGUUUAGCCGACAUUAGACCCACAAGUGGACCUGGGAGGAGGUCCGUCCCUCUCAUCAGUCUGUGKUUUUGUGUGGCGUUUCUUUGCUCUGCUCCACUCUUAGCUCUGGCCCUGUUUCCCCACACAGCAACUGUUUCCCCUUAUUCCUUCUCCUUCUGUGUUUUGAUCGCUUGCCGUUUUUUGUGGAGUCGUCGAAAUUGUGCACUCUCCGUGUUUUGACAUGUUUUUCUGGGGUUUUUGCCUAUGAUGAGUUUCGAGUGAGCAUGCAUUUUUAAGUUUUCACUGAAACUUAUUCCCCUCAAUAAGGCGCUGACACGUCUGUGGAGCUGACAACACAUUCACACACACACACACUGAUGCUAUAGCCGAAGCCAUUCGCUGGUCGCCUUCCUGUUAGUUGGGGGCAGCCUGUAUAGUUUUAUAGGAGCAUCAUUAAUAAUAGUCAGAGUCUGGCCCUCACUUCUUGCUGAAUCUCAGCACUCUCAGAGCAGUCUCAAAGGGCUGCCUGUACAACCUCCACUCCACUGGUUCUUAUUGUUUAAUUAUGUUCAAUAACAGAUAAUAUAUGUGCCUUGGAAAAUACACUCAUCUCAAUAAAAAAGAAAUAGGCAUUCACUUGCUUUUACAACACAAAUAUGCACAAACAUCUGUGUCUGUAAACAUUUACUGGCAUCCUGUAGGCUCCUUAUGGCUCCUCCCACUCGCAACCAGCGCCUGGACAAGUAUGAAACUGCCUAUCAGUAUGAAGGGUUAACAGACCUCUGCCUGUGAAACGAUCAAGCAAAGAGAUUAUAAUCCAGAUUAUGUGCUUUUAUGUUUUGACUCAUGAGUUAAUUUAUUUUAAACGACCACCUUUACUUCAGAAUGGAGUCAAAUCCUGAAGGUCCUGUCACUCUAUAAUAUUUUAGAUGACUUAUACCAACUUAUGAAAGGUUUAUCCAACACUACAGAUGUCUAAGAUGAAGAUGGAAUUUAAAAACAAUCAAUUUUAAGCCUCUUUGGACCUGUAAAUACUGUAAUUCUAACAGUUAGAUCGAAUAUAUAGCCAAUAUGAGUGAAAUAGUCAUACAAAAAUUUUCAUUGGUUGGCGUGAAUUCUCUAAAAUGUUAUUGUGUGACAGAGCCUUGAUUGACACUUCAGUGUGRGAGUAUAUACCUGUUUAAUUUUUAUCUCUUUACAUUAAAAGAGUAGCUUGGAUUUCCUGAAGUGGGGUUCUGUGGAGCUGUUUUCUGCUGUCAACAUCUUACCUGCAGUAGAAACAGAUCAAACCAUUGGAGGUUUGUUGUUACAGACGAGCUAACGCUAGCUCAAGACCAAAGCUUGCUGACUGAUUGACGCUUUUAAUUAAAAAACAUUAUUUUUGACAUGCAAUUUUUUAGCCCAAUUUAUCUACAAAGUCCUGAACAUAUCUUUGUUUGUCCACAAUAGUCAUUUUCUUCAAAAUUAUGUCACAAUUAGAUAAUUUUAGAUGGGCUGGAGACAUGUAAAACUGUGCAUCUCACCUAGCGGACAGAUGUAGGCCAGGUCUGGCAAUGAUGGCACUGCUUUUAAAAUGGCAUGCCAUGACUGGUCCAGUUGUGGUUUGGUUAAUGUGGCACUGGCCCAUGCAUGAACCACCCCUGGCCACUGACGGCCCGUCACUCUUUGCUGUACAUCUGGACCAAGUGUUUGUGCUUAAAGAGUUUAAAAGAAAACUGUCUCCCUUGUUUGAACAUGUUCAAGGUUCCAGACAACAACUCACACGAGGGAUUAAAACCACUCAAAGGUUUGAGAGUUUGGAAAUUUCCUCACAAAUGUCGUUCAUAAACUAGAUGCCAACAGCCACAGUCCAACAACACUGUGGCCUAAAUUACAUAAAAGACUAGUGUUCUGGGUUUUCCUGACCCAGUCUACAGUUACCAAUAGUGGUUUGUGUGAAACUAAGGUUACAAAAUACAGAUUAUGUUUGAUAAACUUAAUGUUCAACCCUCACUUAGCUUCUCAGCUAGCUGCAUGUGCGUUGUUCAUAUGGAGGGAAUUUUAAAUAAUUUAUUUUAAUUAAAUUAUGUUUCCUUUGGCUUUCCCUGCCUUCACGUCUCGAUCUCCUCCUCUGCUGUAUUUAACAGGAAAACUUUUCAAUACUUCUGAUUUAAAACAGACAGGGACGUUUUGAAUCUCCUGUGAUUUUAAUAACUGAACCCCUCAUUCUUGCUUUGCUUUGAUGUUGAGUGCUUUGGACAUCUCCCUCCACUGACGUGAGAGUCCUCUUCUCUUGUGGUUAAUGUAUUCUCUGUCUGGUUGCACAAACCCAACCUGGGCUUCAGUAUGCUGGUUUGGUACAAAUCCACAACCUGUUAGAUGAAAUGUGACACUGUUAAACUCCAUGGACAUGAAUGACUAGAAAGAUUCACACUUUCAUUUCUUAGAAUUAUGCUUUAAAUCACUUCAGCUGCAGGUAAGAUAAUGAUUUUUACUAAAACCUCCACAGAACCCCACUUUAAAAAAAACUUACUUUUAAUUUAUUUGUGGGUUUUUAUUCUUUGUUUUCUUUGCUUCACUUGCUGUUGAUAUAUUUUCUCUGUUUCUGUUGUGAUCACGUUUUUACUUUAUGGUCUUUUUAUUAUAAUUUGUCAGUGUUAAUUUGAAUGUGUACAUACUGUAUAACAGAUUGGUUUUGUAUUUUGUAGUAGAUAAUAAUGGUCACGGUGUCCCAGUUUUUCUAAAUAAUUUUCAGACACUGUCAUCACUGGUCAGUAUUCCUCAAAUUUAUCCAAAACUUUCAUUGAUUCCUAACGACAGAGUUCUGUGUUUUCAGGUGUGUCAUAAAUAAUGUACCGUUUCAUUAUAAUGAUGAUGUUUUUUCCACACAAACAGGGCUGAGAAUGAAGAGUUUUGUAGUUCGUCCCGUUUCCAACCAGUUUUCUUCCACACUGAUGUAAUGUUGCUGUUUUUCAGCUCAGAUAUCUGAAAGUGUUUUUCCUCAUUUGGAAACUCAAACCUCAUCAGAUUUAUUCUGUAAACAAACACAGAGCUGAGGUCGUCUCAGUGCAGCUCUGACCAUAUAUGAAAAAAACUAAUAUUCAAAUAUUCACUUUAGAUCAGUAAAGUCAUUUUUUCCUUCUCCCAGUGGUUAUAAACAUAUUUAAAUCAAUUGUUUCAAAGUAUAAUUAGAAAAACAGAAGUAAUAAUAAAUUAGCAUUUAAUUCUCAACAGUGAAAAGUUGGAGACAUUCUCCCAAAACGACACUUUAGUUGAUUUUAUUUACAAUUUCCUCCCAUCUGAUUACAAUUUCAGCAGACAAAGGUUCAAAAGUGAUAAUUAUCAGGAAGAAGUUCGAAAUAAGAGAGAAAAAAAAGGUUAAAAUGGCUCUGUUGUUGUUGAAGUGAAAACCAUCAAACAAAACUGAUUCUAAAAGCUGACAUGGUUUACCAAAAAUAGAGGUUAUUUUUUAUUCCACUUUGUAAAACCUUUAUUUUGUUUAUUUCCUUAUCUUAYUUUUCCCAGAUAAUCUUUAGUUUGUGGAUGAAAUGUGCAAAAUCUCAGUUUUUAAAACUUUAGUGUUGGCCAAGGUUUUUCGCCUCUUGWGUUGACGCCUGAAAAACUACAACAGAACCACGUAAAUAUCAAAUUUCCCYAUUUUUCAACAAUCAAAUCAGUAUAAAUUUGAAUUACAGGUACAAUGAAUUAAAACAACAUAUAAACUUUAGAAACCACUAACUAAACCAUUUGUUUUAUAAGUAAUUCAUACAUUUCUGAGCUCGCACUGACAUGUUUAAAUUACCUUCAGUGAAUAAAUUUUCCACUGGUGAUAUAAUCAUCUCUUUUUCAGACACAGUUUUUACUUUAAAUAACAUCCAUCAUUUAGUUAGCUGUGAUUCAGGACGUGACGACUCAUCUCUGAAGAAGCAGCUCUGACGUUUAUGGAUGAUUCUUCAGAGCGCCGAAGUAAAAACUGCUGAGUCAAAAAUACAGCGAAAUAAAAACCACAAGCAUUUUAAUAACGCAUCAGCAACAAAGUAUCUGAUAACCUGAUAAAUAAUUUCUUGUGUAUUUGAACAGAUCCAAUUUAUUACAGUUUAAAUUUUAAGUUUUGAGUUUAAGAAAAUAGCUUUAACGUUUGUUUUUCAAACAGAGAAAAAUAGUUUCAAAUAGUCAUAAUUAUUCAUAAUUGUGUUUCUAACUUUCAUCUCUUUCAAGGAAGAUGUUUUUGCACAUUUCUCCAACCAUGUUUAUAACUGUUUCAACAUUUUCAGUCUAAAUAUUUACUGUAAAAUUAAUUUCCGCUGUUUGAGAUUAAAACACGUGAAAACACUUCCAGAGCUGCUCUGUCAGAAGGAUGACAAACAAAGCCUUUUAAUCUGCUCAGAUUGAACAAUUAAAGCUAAGAAAGGGAUUAAAAAAACAAAAACAGACUGUCAAUAAGUUAUACGCUACUUUAUUUUUGUCAUUUUAACUGUGUUGUUCAUGUGGUCUCUCUUCCUCACAGGGUCAGAGUUAAAAAAAACAAAUCAUGCCAUCUUAUACCGUGAAAUCCAGUAUAUUAAGAGUAUAAUACUAUAUGAAUAUAUUUAUGCUAUUUAGUACAGCAUUAAAUAUGUUUUAUAUGAUGUAACUACAGCAUUGAUGCAAAUCUCUCGCUGCAUAGAAAACUGUAGACAAAUAGAAACUACAACUAAAGAAAACGACUCGUUCAGAAAGUGUCACUAAGUUGUGAAUUUGUACAUAUUGUGAAAUCAAUGCCAAUAGUUGAUGUGUGAAUAUCGAUAUGUAAUGUCCUUUAUUUUUACAUCAGAGAAAUUACUGCUGCGCUCUGUAACACUGCGUGUUAGAAAGAGCAGCGGAGCUACUUACAGGAUCAGUAAGUCGUGUGCACUUUUCUAACCUAACUGUGAAUUAGCAGCCGUCUGCAAGCAGAGUUGUCCACACUGUGUUCUCCUUUCAGCGAUCUCACUGCAUGUCCCUCCGCAUCGAGAGCUCAGAGACUUCCUCCACAAACACAAGAUCCGGGAACUUUGUGGACUUUGUGUGAUUUUUUUUUUUUAGUUUGUUUUGUUUUUUCCUUGGGAAGUUGCUCUCUAUAUGCUCAGUGACUGGACUCCGUAUGUUGCACUCUCUCGUUCGUGUGCUUACUGUCUGAGAUGUAGCAAAUGGAAAAGGGGAUUAAAAGGACUAUGUAUUUUGU